AUGGCGCCCACCGUCUACGAAGAAUAUGCCGCGCUUAUGAACCCUAAUGGCCCGGGGUACUAUCUAUUUCGACCCCAACCGUUUAGCGAGUGUCACCCCGGCGCGAUUGGAAGUUUCGACAUAAACGGAACCUUCAUCCAAAUCACUGAUCUUUCAAAGCCUGGUUGUCCAGAAGAAAGUGGAUACGGGCCUUUUACAUACCCCCUGUCCAGGGCGCCUUCCUCGUCAUCAACAUGGGAUUCUCGGGCUUCGGGUAGUGAGGCUGAACAUAGCUUCGGACUUGAAGGAGGCGUCUCUGGUGCCCUGGCUGGUGGCCCCAUUGACGCGUCGGCCGAGGCGAAGAACAAAUGGGGCAAGACCGGAAAGGCGGCGCUUAUCACCAAAAAUCUUAUAGUGGAGGAGAAAUUCCGGCGUAUGCCUAGAGGUCCAAUUGAAGAUUGGAUCAAGGCCAAUGCCAAGGCUCUUGUGAAAGGUCCGUUUAGAAAGGAAAUCGCUGAAUAUGGACUCUGGGCUAUUUCGAAGACCUGGUCUACCGACGAGUGCAGAAUAAAUAUGGAAAGUGCCCAUCAUCGGGAUACUAGCGGGGGGUUGAAUAUUGGAGCUACCGGUAUUGCAAAGGGUGGUGCCAAUGCAUCGUCAUCGGCGAAGAGCAACAGUGAAGGCUGGACGACAUAUACAGCAUCCGAGACCGAUGAGUCCCUUGUUGUCGCGUACGGUGGAACCGGCUACAGACUUGCCACUUUUACCAAGUUGUUCAAAGGAGGUCCACUCAAGGAAACCGAAACCAGAACUGCGGAUUCCAACGAGUAUGCCAAGAUGGUCCUCGACGACGAGGGCAAUCAAAUUGGAAUGGAGUACUUCAGAACCAUAUUCGACGGAAAUGGAAAGGCGAUCGGAGAAGAGAAGAUCGACAAAGAGGCCGAACGUAAGGCUCGAGAGGAAGAGCAGAAGCGACUUGAAGAAAACCCCCAGGUUGAAGAGGACUUCGCGGUCCAAAGUGGUCUUACUAUCGGAGAGGACGACGAGGACGAUGAAGACGACGAAGACGAGAAACAGGAAUUUGCGAAGAAGCUCGAGGCAAUCAAGCAGCUUCCUGAUGGAGAUGAGAAGAGAGCUGAACUGGCCAAGCUGUUUACUGCGACGCAGGUGACACAGACUAGUAUUCUGAAUUGA